AUGAAUUAAAACACAUCACGUUGUCUUACGUAUAUCCGUGUGUGUAUGUCCUCGUCAAUAUUAUUACACAUCAGUACUCCUCUAUCAAAGAAGAAAUGAAGCUUUAUAUCAUCUCAGUCGUAUGUCUAGUUGUAUCAGUUUUUGGGACUAGGAAUAGGCGAACUGGACAUAGCGGAAAUGUUGGUACGUGGAAUGGAGGGAAUAGAGGAAACGGUCGAAAUAGUGGAAACGGUGGCACUUGGAAUGGUUGGAAUGGUGGACACGGUUCAUAUAAUGGGAAUGGUGAAAAUGGUGGUACUUUCAAUGGUGGUAAUGGUGAAAAUGGUCGACAUGGUGGACAUGAUGAUACCUUGAAUGGUGUUAAUGGUGAUACAUUGAAUGGUGGCAAUGGGGCAAAUGGUCGGAUUGGUGUGAAUGGGGAUAGUUUGAAUGGUGGGAAUGGAGAAAAUGGUUCGAUUGGUGAAAACGGUGGGAAUGAAGGAAAUGGUUCGAAUGGACGGAAUGGAGGAAAUGGUCGGAAUGGUGUGAAUGGUGAUACUAGGAAUAAUGGAAAUGGAGGUCGUGGAGGAAAUGGUGGUCGUUGGAAUGGUGGAAAUGGAGGAAGCGGUCGGCAUGGAGGUCGUGGAGGAAAUGGUGGUCGUUGGAAUGGUGGAAAUGGAAGCAGCGGUCAGCAUGGAGGUCGUGGAGGAAAUGGUGGUCGUUGGAAUGGUGGAAAUGGAGGAAGCGGUCAGCAUGGAGGUCGUGGAGGUCGUGGAGGAAAUGGUGGUCGUUUUAAUGGUGGAAAAGGAGGAAGCAGUCAGAACGGAGGCGGUGAAGAAAAUGGUGGUCGUCGGAAUGGUGGAAAUGGAGGAAGCGGUCAGCAUGGAGGUCGUGGAGGAAAUGGGGGUCGUUGGAAUGGUGGAAAUGGAGGAAGCGGUCAGCAUGGAGGUCGUGGAGGAAAUGGUGGUCGUUGGAAUGGUGGAAAUGGAGGAAGCGGUCAGCAUGGGGGUCGUGGAGGAAAUGGUGGUCGUUUGAAUGGUGGACAUGGAGGAAACGGUCAGCAUGGAGGUCAUGGAGGAAAUGGUGGUAGUUGAAAUGGUUAAAAAUGGCGGACAUGUUGGAGAACGCUAAAAUAUAUUGACUAUUUUUUUCUUUAAGUCACAAAACAAUAAAAUUUUUAAUGUGUU